GCUAGCAAAAGAGGGAGAAAGAUUUAUUCAUCGGGAAGGUAAAAGCUCAUAGCAUUUCUGCCACUGCCUUCUUCUCUCUGUGUUAUCUUCCUUUUUCCAUCUGCAAAUUCUACUGUUUCACAGCAAACUCUUUUGUUUAAACUCUUUUGUUUCUUUCUUAGAAAGAAGAGCAAAAAGCAAAGCUCGAGUGUGUAAAAGAUUCAUGCAUGAUGCUAAUGAAGAACUAGGAAAAGCCACAAGUUUAUAAUUGGCUGCCCGCCUUAGGAUUUCCACUAAAAUGUCUGGUUUAUUUGUAGCAUUAAUCUCGGGAGAGUUUUAGGGCAAAAAUAGAUUGUGUUGGGGGUGGAGAACAACUAGGAAAAAGAAGAGAGAAGAAAUGAUAAGACAGUGAGAGAGAGAAUUAAUGGAAGGUGGUUCUAAUAGCACUUCUUGCAUGAUGGAUUUUGGACACAACAAUACAAGUAAUGGACUAUGUCCAACGUCGAUGAUGAAUCCUCCCAUGACUUCUUAUCAUCGUCAUCAUCAUCAUUCUAAUUUGGACUCAAACCCCUUAUUUCUUACUACCAGUGGCUCCUCUAUGAUUCUCGACCAUCACAGCAACAACACAGCGUGUUGUUUCAUGGAGUCGAGCAACGAUGGCGGAUCUAUCAAGGCCAAGAUCAUGGCUCACCCACACUAUCAACGUCUCCUGGCCGCCUAUGUCAAUUGUUACAAGGUAGGAGCGCCGCCUGAAGUGGUGGAGAGAUUGGAAGAAGCAUCCGCGGCGGCCACCGUCGGUGCUACCAGCAGCGGCAACAUAGGUGAAGAUCCAGCUCUUGACCAGUUCAUGGAAGCUUAUUGUGAGAUGUUGACUAAAUACGAGCAAGAGCUCACGAAACCUUUCAAAGAAACCAUGCUUUUUCUACAAAGGGUUGAGUGUCAAUUCAAAGCCCUCAAGGUUUCCUCUUCCAGUUCUGCUUGUGGUGAAGCUUUUGACAACAACGGAUUAUUGGAGGAAGAUGUCGAUGUCCAUGCAAACAAUCCCCUAGCGGAAGACGGAGAACUUAAAGGCCAGCUUUUGCGGAAGUACAGUGGAUAUUUAGGCAGCCUGAAGCAGGAAUUUAUGAAGAAGAAGAAGAAAGGGAAGCUACCUAAGGAAGCCAAGCAACAGCUACUGGACUGGUGGAGUAGACAUUACAAAUGGCCUUACCCUUCGGAGUCGCAAAAGCUUGCCCUCGCGGAGUCGACCGGUCUGGAUCAGAAGCAAAUCAACAACUGGUUCAUUAAUCAAAGGAAACGGCACUGGAAACCGUCCGAAGAUAUGCGGUUUGUGGUGAUGGACGGUACCCAUCCGCACUAUUUCAUGGACAAUGUUAUGGGAAAUCCUUUCCCCAUGGAUCUUUCAUCUGCAUUUCUCUGAAGAAUUGAUGAAAAUGGGAUAUCAUUUCUGCUAAGCUGCAAUGAAAUUUUAAGGCAAGACUGCAUAUUAUAUAUGCAAACUAUCAUAACUAAUAUGAUUGGAGAAAUCUAUUUGUAUCAUGUUAUUAUAUUCUGCAAGUCUGCAGUUUUAUAUGUAUAUCAGUUUUUGUAUUUUAUUCCGAGAACGGACAUCAGUUUAGGUAU